AUGGAGGGAACAACAUCACCCAUUUUAGCUGGCAAGUAAGUAAUCUCAGUAGUAGAGAAUGCAUUUUUUAUUUCAAUGGCAAUGUAUUUAGCAUGAGCAUACUACAUGUACUCGGGGACACUAUGUUUAUGUACGUCUCCUACUGGAGACGGGACCGCUAUUUUACAUGUACAUUGUCAUCCAAACCACGCGAAUGUUUAUCGGCUUGCAGUGCAAAGGAAGUACCUUCAUUUCUUAGUUAUUUUAAGACCCUGAGUAUUGGUCCAGUCCCAGGAUUUCGAACCUGCAACUUCUUGUUUUGCAGUCACAUGCUAUACCAACUGAGCUAACACUGUGGCAGUAAAAAUCUGGACUACAUUUAGUAACCUUAAUGUUACAGGUUCGACUCGUAGUAUACCUGUAGAUUUUUUCUUCUGAAACACUUUAGUCUUUUUCAAUCAGGUUAAAAACAGAAAAUAAAAACAUCUUGGUCAAGUAUUCACCGGAUUUACCAAUCAGAUUUCUAUCAUUUUACAUAGACACAUAUUGAUGUUCUAGUCCCAGCAGUAUGCAGGAUGUUUGUCACAUGAACCUACAUGUAGGGUGCCUUCCUUUGGGAUGAUCCGGAUAAGGAUCAGUGAUCCAUGAUCACUCAGAUCUUGGUAGACCUGCCAAAUCCCUGUCCAGAGUGGAUUCAUCGGUUCAUUUGAUCUACCAUGAUCCGAGUGAUCACAGAUCACUGAUUCUGAUCUAGAUCAUCCCAAAGGAAUGCACCUGUGGUUUGUGGCCUUAGCUCCUACCAGUCUGCUAUAACUCAGUGGUAAAGCACGCAGUCGCUGGACUAGCAAUAAAAAAGUUAAUUGGUUUUCUUCCAAGUGGCCUGUGUCGUGUGACUGAAAAUAGAAAUGUGACAAACAUUUUCUUGUGCCUGUUACUUACAGUGCACAUUACAGGCAAAACAUACUUACUUACUGCCUGCAAUGCCCAGGCAAAACAUACGAUGUCAUUGUAGAAGUACCAGGGUGUUUGCCACAUCCUUGUAAGUGGUGAUUUAGAGUCUUUUCCGUAUGUUUUUUUUUUUCAGUAUAUUAAAUGAAUCCAUUCCCAAAGAUGAAGCUGAUCAACUUCUUCAAGAUCUUCUGCAUGAAAUGAGUAAGUUUUUAUUGCAGGUGACAAGAAGAGCCCGCAAUCCUAAUCUCCGUGUUGUUACAUUGUGUAUUUUGUACAACUGUAUGUAGCCAGUAUUUGUUUGGACUUCCACUAAGAAUGGAUGGAAUGCACAGAGCGCAAUUUGAUCACUCGCAUUUGGACCUUCUAUCACUCGUAACCUGAUCACACGUGCUUUGACCAUCUGAUCACGUGAAACAUGCACAAAACACAGCAGCGCACAUUGGGGCAAAAGCUUUUUGACCUUUGAUCAUUGUCGCCUGCGCUCUGUAACCUUUGGUUAUUACUAAUUAAGUACUAUUUUUCCUGUCUUCAAACUGUUAUUUUGUUGCUAUCACAGUGUUGUUUCACUGCCUGUACCUUGAAAAAUGUUUAAAAAAAUGAUUUAUUUUCUUUUUUGCAGAUGAGGAAGGUUUUGAUGAAAUCAGGUUCGCUGCUUAUCGAUCCGCUGCCAAACUUCUUUUUGUGCAGAGCAAGACAAACUGUAAGACCUAGUUAAUUUUUUUUGCCAUGAUGGUGCAGAUUAACAACUAACUGUUGAUCAUCUUUUUCUGAGCUGGUGUGGCAUUUUGUUAAAUUUGCCCUUGGGUGACUAAGAAAUCUUAGUUAUCCGGGAAGCAGAGAAUUGUAAAUGAAACUUGAGAAUUGAAAUAAUUGUAGAAUCGGAAGUGAAUAAUGGAUCACAACUCUUAUUAUAGUAUUCUCCGAUUCUGAGCACUCAAUUGGAGAAUGGUAGAACGAAUCUUGAGAAUUUACGUAAUUGUAGAAUCAGAAGUGAAUAGUAGAUUAACUCGUAUUAUACCAUUCUCUGAUUUAGCACUUAUCACAUCCUUCUGCCCUGGUUUAGAGUAGCUUAAGCUUUUUUAUGACAUUAUAUUAUCUUGUAAAGACUGAUGUGCAGAGUAUCAUGUUAACCUGUGCAAGUUCACAGAAUUAAAGUUAACAUUGAGAAUUUUUUGUUUACCUCCUGAUAGUGUACUUGGUUGACGUUUUUAACAUGAUUGAAGCAUUUCGAGAAAAUGGACUAAACACUCUUGACCACAACACAGAGCUGCAUGAAACACGACUGGAAGCAAUCGUAUCAAGCAUAUUUUAUGCCUUGAACAAGCGAUUGCCCACAACUCAUUAUAUCGAUGUUGAGCGGUCAAUAAGCUUGGUAACAAACUGGCUUUUAUAUGCAUAUGACAGGUGAGAUCUGUUGACCUGCAAGGAAAGUUCUUUUAAUUUAAAGGAACUGGAAAUUACUUUAUUGAUUAUAUACGCACAGAAAUGAAAUGGCAGACUAACCCGCAUUCUAUAUAUAUUAAAAAUAAUUCUAACAAUACUUCGAGGCUUUAAGGUCAAAAUUGCAAAUUUUACAUGACUCUAUUGUCUUGCAGUUCUCAUAAGAGACUUGAAGACAAAGAAAACCAAACCAAAAUUAAAUAUAGAAAAAUGACCAGAAAGCCUUGGAGUCAUGUUAGAAAGUUAAUAAUUAUAUCGAGUGUGGGCUAUUGUAUGCUCCAUGGACAAGCAAAUCUCAUAUUUUGUUCACUCAGGGCCAUUGCAUGCAUAUCGCACUAUAGUUUGUAGACUUGACAUUUUGCCUGGGCCCUGACCCAUCAAGCAACUGACCUUGUAACUUGCCCAGCUGGAGAGACAGUUGGAGUUUUUCAAUCCCUGAUGUGUUAUACAAUGUUGAUAAAACUUCUUCUUUUACACGUGUAUAUCAAGGGCACCAAAGGCGAGGCAGGAAAAGGUGCAUAUUAAUUGUUAGAUGCACAUUAUUCAUCUGGUAAUCAGAAUUAUUAGGCUACCCACUGAGAAAUGUUUUGUUUUUAUUCUAUGAUGAAUAAAACCUGUUUAUUGUUACUAUAUUUUUUUAGCUUGAUUUCUUGAAAAAUAAAUUUAAACACAUAUUACUCAAAAAAAUCCUGCCUAUUGAUCACAGGCAAAGACUAGUAGAUUUUAUUCCUGCUGGGCAAUUUAUCUUCUAUGCUUGAGCUUUUCGUGGUGAUAAAGAAGUAAGCUAUAUGGCAAGACAAAUGUAUUCAACUGGCUGAGCUGAACAAAAUGUGAGAGCUGGUUGUUCAACAGUCAAGCUAAAAUUCAAGUGUUUUUUUUUAAAGCUCUGCAAUAUUUAUUUACAUGAAGAGGAUUUAGUGAUCCAGUGAAGGUUCUUAAUUAUUAGUUAAAAUUUAUAUGCAAUUUAUUUGUUAAAAUAAUUAUGACCUGUUUUGAAAUAUUAUUAAUUUCUAUUUUAUGUUUUGUGGUGUGAUUAUAAUUGCAUGUACAUUUGUAUCUUACUAACCUAAUGUUUGAUUCAAUAGCAUUAGAGUGAUCUCAGCUGAUUCUUCGCUUAUUUUUGCAUUGCAGUGAUGCUAUUGGUAGGAUACGUGUAUUGUCAGUCAAAACAGCUCUUUCAACACUGUGUGCUGGGCGUCUUGUGGAUAAACUUAGAUGUAAGAAAUCACGUAUAAUCUCAGUUUGUGUUUUACUAGAAAAUAUCCAUAAUUAUUUCCCCAAAGGAAUGUUGUUUUUAGAUUAACACCAUCUGUGACUUGUAACCUUGAAUCUCUUUGUUUGUGACGUCUCUCAAUUUUUUUAGAUGUCUGUAGAUAUGUUUUCAAGGCCAUUAAGGAACAUGGCCUGGGGAUUUUCUCCAGCUACUAUAAACAGGACCAUAUGCGGCUAUAAGUGGAAAUGGGACUGGAUCAACUCUCAAGAUCUUAAAAUAAUUGGGGAAUGAAGCCUUUGCCCUGCAAAUGGCUAGACUUUCAUUUCACUCAGAUGACCACAUAAAAUGGUGAUCCUAAAAAUAGUGUCCACAAUUAGUACUUUCAUGCCAAAUACAUUGACACCGAAAGUGCAUUUUUUGUAUGAAAAAACAGCUUUUCAUCUUCUUUUUUCUUGCAGACCAUUUUUCACAGAUAGAAGAUGACAAUGGCCUGUUGAACUUCCCUAAGUUUGAAGCUUACCUGAGAGAGUUGUUACAGGUUGGAUAAGAUUGUACAUUGAUAAAAUUAUCUGUAAAUCAGAUCCCUACUAAAAUGCUGCAAAAAAAAUACAUAAAAAGCAUAGAUGAGGGUAGUACCUACACUGUAAAAGUAUACUUGUAUAUCUUCCUGUUUUAGUGUUUUGAUCAACAAAUAAUCAUAAAAAAGUUUAAAAUGCAUGAAAUUGGAAAGGUUUUUCACUGGGAUCUUGUUAGUCCCUCACAAAGGUCAAUGGCAUUCUCAGUCAAUCAUUGAUCAUUUCUUCCGAGUUCCUAAGCACUAAAAUUCACAGAAGUUAGGCUCUACCAUGCACCCAAGUACAACAUUAUUUUAGAAAUAAUACACCUGUACGUAGGCAGGUACAAAAGUCGGACCGGAUCAACUCGGAUCGACUCGGACCAACUCGGAUCGAAUAAAAAAAUAAAAAUAAAAUAAAAUUGGACUCGGAUCAACUCGGAGCAAUCAAAAAAAUUAAAUUAAAUCAGCAAAACUGAAAGUUUAACCCAUUUGGAGGGUUAAAAAGGCCAGAUCAUCCUUUUUUUCUCUGUGGCUUUCAGGCGCCAUUUUGUUUUACUAGUGCCAGUUCCUCUCGGGAUUGUUAUAAACUUGUGGUUGUGGUUGCGUUACACGACGCGAUAUGGAGGUAAAAUCUCGAUCAUCUUUCUCAAUGAAUUUGCUUCAUUCCAAGAAAAUGAUAGUUUCAGUCGCCUAGAAUAUGUAUUUGCUUAUAAAAGUGUACUGAAUUAUUUAUGAGAAAAGCAUCAAAAGCCUCUGUUGAUCGCAUUUAGAGUAGUUACCGAAGAGUGUUUGUUUGUUUGUUCCUGUUUGUUUUUUUUCUGCAGGACUUCUGAAACGUAAUUUUAAUGAUACACUAGUGAGCAGCACACAUACAUUUCCAGUGAACAUUUUCAACUUGGAAGGAGGAGAAACCAUGCUCGCCCGGACAAAGGAAAUUUCCAUGCCCGAGGCAAGAAUCGAACUCGCGACCCUCUGGUUCAGUGGUUGGAACGUCCGAUAAACAAGUAGUAUUCGGAGGGUCGCGAGUUCAAUGGUCGCCCGGGGUACGAAAAUUUUUGUUGUCCCGGGCGAGCAUGAUUUCUCCUCCUUCCAAGUUGAAAAUGUUCACUGGAAGUGUAUGUGUGCUGCUCACUAGUGUAUCAUUAAAAUUAAUAAAAGUAAAAAUAAAAUUAAUUUACGCAACCACGAGUUCGUGAGGAAAAAACAAAAUGGCGGGUGAAAGUUAAGUGAUACCGACUGACUUUAUUUUUCUUUUUAUAAUCCGAGUUGAUCCGAGUCCAAUUUUAUUUUAUUUUUAUUUUUUUAUUCGAUACGAGUUGUUCCGAGUUGGUCCGAGUUGAUCCGGUCCGACUUUUGUACCUGCCUCCUGUACGUGCACUUUGUUUCAUUUGUGUCAUGUAAAGUUUGGUUUAGUUUUUUUUUAAAGCACUUUAAUGUCCUACCUCUCUUCACUAUAUUAACUCUGUUAAGCUCUUCUAAUCACCUUAGGUUUUGAAGAAUAAACCAGGUUUAACUAAAAAAUAUAACCCAGUUAACUUGCUAAUAUUAUUGUAAUCAACAGGUACUCUCUGUUUAUAGAUCAGCCAAAAACAUUCAUCAUUUUUACUCAGUGUUUGUCAGUUAUUUUAGGCAGUUUUCCGUUUUGAUAGAAAUUCAAUAAUAUGAUUAUUGUAAGUACUUUUAUUUCUUGGGGAAAACAAUCUGGCCUUAGAUUAUUCAACCAUAUUAUUAUUUGCAUGUUCUGUAUCUGCUCAGUGGCAGAGUUCAGAGCAGCCUUCAUAGAGGAUUCCUUCUUUUUUUUCCCAUACAAGCCAUGCAUUUAUCGGAGAGGACGUCUAGUUCACACUCAUUAUGUAGCUUUCUUGUUAACUUGCCAGCCAGCUCUUCUAUUUGGGCAAGCGAAGAGAGCCACAUGAGAAAAUUCACAAGCGAGCGGUGAAGCUGCAAGGCACCUUUCUCUCCCCCUCCCCCACUUUCGCAUCUCAUCUCCUGUGUCUACUUUUCAUGAUAUCCCCCAGAUGGAGAGCUUGCUUGCAGGCUACCUUUUUGUUAACUUUUAUUUUUUCGUUUCAGCUUCCCGCAGCUGUUGGAGAGGCUCCCACAUUUGGCUUCACUGAGAACAUGGCAAAUAAAUUCUUCAAGCCAGAAGGGGUGAGAAGCUAAACUAUUACUGACAUGACAGUAGUAUUUUACUUAUUCUUGCUACCAAAAUAUUUCCUCUUAUUGGACAUAAUUUUUGUAUUCCAUUAGGAAAUUUAAUGAAGUCAGAAAUCCAAAACUUGAUUCCCCAGUUGGAUGCAUACAAAAUGUAUUUUAAAAAAUUAAUAAUACAUUAGCAGUGAUUUCAAUUCCUGAAAACGCAAAAUAAUUCAUGGCAUGCGUCCUGUAGGGUGUAAAGAUCAAUCGAUCUGAACUUGUGUCUUUUUUUUAGAAAUAUCCUUUUUGUGUGAUUUCUGUGGUAGUUAUAUAUUUUAUUUAUUGCCCUUAUUUAAUUACAGGUAAACGCACUCAGCGUGUGAAUUAUUGGGAUUUAGCUGCACAAGUUCAGUAACAAUAAACAAGAAAUAACUUCAAUACCGCACAAAGCCUUGUGCGGUAUUGAAAAUUCAAGUUCAUUGUUAGUGAGCAAGUACAGGUAAAUCCCCAUAAUUUACAAGCAAUGAGUGCGUUAACAUUUUUGUUAUUCAAAUUGAAUGCACUGCACAAAGCUGGCAAAACUGUUGACAACAUGCAAAAACACCUCAACUAUCUUGAAUGAAAAAUUAAAAUUUGCAGCCUUACCUGGUGUUUUUAGAAAUUGCAUCUUCAGUAAGAGAAUCAAUGUCUGCAUCUGACAAAUCAUCAAACUUUGAGUCAGCCGGAGCCAUGGUGUAAUGACAGUGGUGUGUUGAAUUUACACCAUGGAUAUUACACCACAAUAAUAACAUCAAGGUGGUUGUUUCACCACAACCCAGUAUCACUUCUGGCAUUCUGCAAAACACAUAAUUAUGCCCCAGCCCUUGAACUGAAAACACACUGCGUGUACAUGUACUAGCACAUCUACAAUCAUUAUUUGUUUCAUUGUUGUUGUGUGUUUCAGCCACUAAAACACAAUGAAACAGGACUUCUGAAUUUCUUGGAAUGUGUCAUGGGCACUGAUGCCCCCCUGUGCUAUGUAUGGCUGGGUACCCUGCAGAAAAUGGCAAAUGCUGCAAAGUGUAUGUACAGGAGAAAAAUAAUACAGUAAUUGUUUCUAAGGUUUUGUCUGAAGAAGAAUGUUUGGCCUCCCUUAACCCAAUGUUUUGCUUCAAGUGACAAGAAGUUAGUGUCAGUGUUGGGUUAUGGGAGGGGUAGGUUGGCAGUUUCCUAGAAUCGUGGGAUCAGUGUAAGAGUCAAAGAAAUUUCCAACCUACCUCUCCGCUAACCCAACAUUUUGCUCUUAGUGAGAAGUUAGUAUUAAUGUUAGCUUAGAGGAGGGGUAGGUUGGCAGUUUCCGAGAUUCAUGGGACCAGUAAAAGAUUCUAAGAAUCUGCCCACCCACUCCUCUCCUUACCCAACAUUUUGCCCUUAGUGAGAAGUUAGUAUUAGUGUUAGCUUAGGGGAGGGGUAGGUUGGCAGUUUCCCAGAAUCAUGGGACCAGUAAAAGAUUCUAAGAAUCUGCCCACCCACUCCUCUCCUUACCCCACAUUUUUCCCUUAGUGAGAAGUUAGUAUUAAUGUUCGGUUAAGGAAGGGGUGGGUUGGCAUUUUCCCAGAAUCAUGAGACCAGGAAGAAAUUCUAAGAAUCUGCCCACCCACUCCUCUCCUUACCCAACAUUUUGCCCUUAGUGAGAAGUUAGUAUUAAUGUCGGGUUAGGGGAGGGGUAGGUUGGCAGUUUCCUAGGGUAGUGCGAUCAGUGUAAGAUUCAAAGGAAACUGCCCACCUACCCCUCCCCUAACCCAACAUUUUGCCCUAAGUGAAAAGUUAUUGUUAACAUUCAUGAGCUUAUGGGAGGGGUUAGAAGUUAGUGUUAGCAUUGGGUUGACAACUCAUCCUCUUGCCAGUCGAUGACAAUUCUUUUUAUUUAUAGGUGAACACCAAAUUCCCUGUCAGAUAUGCAAGAAAAAACCAAUGAUGGGCUUUAGGUAAAUUUUAAUACUUUAUCAUCUUUGUUGUUAGAAAUGAAUGUUAUUGAAAUUUUUUACCAACGUUAUUUGUUAUUCAUUUUAUUACACCUAGAUAUACUAUAUAUUUUGUUAAUGAAUGAGAAAUUUUAGUAUUGACUGGAGUAAACGGCACUUGCUUUCUUUCAACUGCAAGUUCUCAGGGUCCAUUAACCUUUGGGUCAUGCAUUUGAGGCUUCGUCUUUGUUGUUAGAAGUAAAUGUUAUUGAAAUUUUUUACCAACGUUAAUUCUUAUUCAUUUUAUUACAUCUAUAUACUAUAUAUUAUUAAUUUUUUGUUAAUGAAUGAGAAAUUGUAGUAUUGAUUGGAGUGAACGGCAGUUGCUUUCUUUCAAGUGCAAUUUCUCUGGGUCAUUUAGCCUUUUGGUCUUGCAGUUGAGGCUUCACCUUUUUAUUUCUUCUUAAUGCAAUGAUACAGGACACUAAGCGCACGAUUGUUGUGCACCAUAACUAAGGGCGCUUUCCAAAAGUCAGAACUGGCCAGCCGGGACAUGGCCAGACUAGACAUUUUGGCAAUGAAAUAGGCUUUUUCCUAGAGGUUUUGCUGAAAAACCAUCUCCUCUGUGCAUAAUAUUUAGGAUUUGACUGAUGUGGAUGGUAAAAUUUUCAUUAAAAGUUAAAUUCUCAUUGCGAUGGGAAUGGGCUGGCCUGUCAGUUCUGACAAAUGGAAAGUGCCCUAAAACAUGGGUACAGAUUACUUAUUGAACAGUGGAAGGAAUUGAUUAUUAAUAUAUAUCCUUGUAAUUUUGGAAUAGUUUUAAUGCCAUAAAAUUUCAUAGACCUCUUUCUACUAGUAAAUGAUUUAUAAAUUAACUACUUCCCUUAUGUAUUCUGUCCUUUUAAGGUACAAGUGUCUUCACUGUUACAAUUACACCAUUUGUCAGGUGCGUGCCAUGCCUGUACCAGUUCCUGAUAUCCUCUUAGCAUUAGAGAGCCUCAACUUAAUGAAUUUUACAUAGCCUCAGAUCACUUAUUCCACUGCUUAUUACACGACGAACUCCUGGGUAUCAUAACGAACAUCCUGGUAUGACAUUUCUCCAGUUAUAGUAAUGAGGCUACGCGUGGCGAGCGAAAAAGUAAAAUUAUGCAAAUCCUUCGCUUGGACUUCAAAAAGAAGAACAAGAGACUUCUCCAAGUCUACGCAUAUGUAAUAGUUUAUAAAAUUAUGAAAUAAUAUGUAUGGCAAAGCCCCCCCCCCCCCACCCCCUUAAUGUAGGGUUCGUUAUAUUUCACUUUACCCCAUCGGCACAGCUGUAUGUUCAAGAAAUGAGAGGUUAGUUGGGUCCGGGGUGGUCAUCAUAUGAGGGUGUCUCUGUGCCAGGGCGGGGUGGGGUGUCUAUUUUUUGCAAGGGGUGGUGGAGGGGGGUAGCAGCGGGCUUGAUGCCCAGCCAAAUCAUCACUCCAAACCUCGAAACAACAGAGGUCCUGAUAAAUACAAUGUAAGUAAAUAUAAUAAAUUUUAAGUUCAAUUAAUGAAUGUGAAAGAUGGGAUAAUCACAAUGUCGCGAGUGUGAGGAAAAGAAACAAAGUCUUGACGGCUUUCAGCAAGUCUUUGACGAGGAACGACCAGUUGUUCUGUUAAUUGCGAGAGAGAAUGGGGUCAUGACGUGCUACCAGAACCAUUAUUGAAGGCAUUUUUACCAACCUCAUUCAGGGAUGCGCAUAGGCUGUUGCUACCAGCUAAUGCCAAUGGUGUCCAGUUUUUAAAAGCUUGUCUUUUUUUUACUCUUUAUAGGAUUGUUUCUGGAGGGGAAAGACUUCACAAAGCCAUAAACAGGAGCACGAUGUGCGGGAAUACUCCACCUGGGUGAGGGCCGACAAUUUUUUGUCCUUAGCGCCAUGUUAUUUAACAUACACCCCACCCCACCCCCAGCCCGCCCCCUUUGUCGACGGACCCUCAGAAAAAUGCCUUUUCCUUGCAAAGCCCUCAGAAUAAUUCAUUGAUGAACACUUUUCCUCAUAGAAAAGUUACCUUUUUAGUUACGACUCUAAUGGCUUUAAGAAAUUUUUGCUUUUCUCCUACUUAACCCCAGAAAAUCCUGGACUUCAGGCUAACAACCUUCAGAUAAUUUUGUUUUUGUGCUAUGUUCCCUCAGAAAAUCUUACCUUCAGUUCUACAACCUUCAGAAAUUCCAUGUUUGUGUGGCAUCUUGAGAAGCGUUUGUCAACUAGGGGGGUGGGGAUGGUUGUAUGGUCCUUAGUAAAUUGUCGUCGUUAUGCGAUACUCGAAGAAAGGACCAAAAUUAUGCUUAUUAGUGAAUUAUUUGUUGUAAAUGUGUACUAUUCUUGGCCAUUUUCCCUAAUAUUCCAUUAAUAUCGUAACUUGUGGUUAUUGUUGUAUUUAAGAAUGCUGGCGAGAGAGGCAGCUCUUUCCGAAGUAAAUUUUUGUGCGGCGGAGGUGGACGAAAAAAGCGACCAUCAUUGCCCGAUUUUCCAAGGGAACCGGAACCAAACAAAACGCUGGAUGUCACAAACAUUGUGUAAAUAUUGUAUUUAUUUCUUUUGAGCGACUUUAGACUGACCUUAGUAUAGUUACAAGAAAUACAUGUAAGGUAUGUUUCGCGGCUCUUGAAUUUCGCGAUACUACCAAAGUUACAAGUUUGGUUAGUUAGAUGAAACAUUCCUCAGCUUUAGGUAAAACUACUUUUUAAAAAAACAUCAAGAACUGACACAACAGUUACAUGUAAAUAACUGUUGUUCCACUUGCGCUGUAACUCUUGUUUGGGGUCGAGAGAACAAGGGUAGACUCAGAAUGUGGGAGGGGGCGCCAUGACGGCAGACAUUCUGCUAAACUAUUCAAUACUCUUCCUUGGGUAAUAACAAGUUAGUAUUUACUCGAUUUGAUGCUGCAGCGUUUAUUUCAAAGACACAUAACUUAAAUCACUGGCAACAACUACGUUAAAUCUUUUGUAAAAUCAUGUAAAACAGAAAUGAAGCGUCAGGUGUUGAUGUCUCGCUUACCAAGUUGCUCCGAGUUUUUCCGGCUUCAAUGAUCCUCUAAUAGAUGCCGCAUACUUCUGAUUGAGUACGGCGUUAAUUGGUAAUUUUGCCCUUGUCUGCGGCAUUUAGUCAAAUAAACACGGUAAAUAAACAUGAAAAAUUGCGUAGAUUAGUUCCGUUACACGCCUUGCUUCUGCUGUUGAUUAGAAGCUUAAACGUUCAGUGAAGGCAGUAGUCUAGUGAACCUUUUCAGCCCGACAUGGAGUUAUUGUGAAGACAUUGUCAUCUUAAAUUUUUGAAUCUGUGAACGGAUUUUUAUGUUACCAUUCAUCCAAACCUCUUUAGCAGAGCUUAUGGAUGGUACUAUAUAUUUUUUAGAAUUAAGCAAAAAGAAAUUUCGAUUUUUUUUCAUGAGUUUUUGCUUUGGCCCGUGCACAUUUACUUGCGAAAGGAUUCUUGCUACGGAACGGUCAAAAAACUGAUUAAGAUAAUCUUGAGGAGAAGGCUAAAGCCUAUUACUGUUGUUGUACUUGGUGAUUUCGCAGAGAAUCAUGGCCGAGACGGCGAAAGCUUAGGGCGACAAAGAUAACCAGUCCUUGUUUGUUGACGUAAUCAACAAAUUGUAGUCUAUGAUCUUGUACGGCGGGGAAUCUUGUUUUUGUCAAGAUAAUUAAAUUCUGGUAAACUCCACACUCCAUGAUAGGCCAAAACCUAGUGUAUAAUUAAUCUCAUAGAUUGCGAUCUUUAAUAACAAUUUAUAAAUUAUUCACCUCAAUAUUUUGCUUAACGUCGUAUUUCUGAUACACUGCAUGGCAAAAAUAUAAAAUAUUCAGACACAGCGACAUCACAGUUGCUUCUUCUGACUCGAAAUGGGGCCAAGAAAGCGGGAUUUUAGUAGUCGCUUGACUGUUUCAGCUAAAAGUCUGAUGUUCGGGAACCCAAUAUGAAUUCCAGCGACAGUAGCUCUUGCGACAGUAGUACAUCGAAAAGUGGAGAGAGCCGCGGAAGUAAUGUUAGCAGCAGCAGCAGUUCAAAAUCAGACAAACGUCUCUUCAUCACGUUAAAACCGAAUGCUCGCCAAACAUGUUACAUUUUCACUCGUCCUUUGAGAGUUCGGGUGAAGGGAGCCACGUAAGUAAAUUUAUAACAAAGCUGGUAGAUUGUUGUAAAUUCUAAAACAUGUAUGUAAGCCGCGAGUUUAAUUUUUAUUCGACUCUCAGUCAGGAGAUACUCAAGACUUGCGAUCUUUUUUGAACAUUCAACAUUCUUUAACUGAGUUUCUUAUGCAAACUAUGUCGUUUGUUUCGAAUUGUUGGGCUUUUGAGGAGCUAAUAAUGUGAUUGAUUUUCAUAAUAAUAAACAAAGUAUGGCGAUACGAUAACUCUUAUUUUCUCGGUAUUACUACCGGUUACUCGUAUAAUUUGUUUGUACUGGGCAGUGAUCUCUCCGUACUAAAGGCGGCCGUCUUACGGAGCGUUAAAAGGCGGGAAAAUCAGUGACGUUCAGAUAGAAAGCGAGCCAGUCACCCAUCUCUUUAAGUGUCGAACUUCUGAAUCAGUGUAAAGCUUUUUUAAGGUUUCAAACUCACCCUGGAUCUUAACUCAGAUAAACUCGUUGUGGGCAUCUUUUGCAUUUUUUGGUCUGUUACAUUCGACCUCUAGUUCAAGAUGGUGGUACUAUUGAGUGAAAUCUAGUUUUUCUGGAGAUCUUACGCGUUUUGUGAUCUGCUGCGUCAUAUUGAACUCGAGAUCAAGAUUACGGUAUCAAUUACCACUACAUCCAUCAGAUUAUGUUAAUUGGUUGUUUUUCUUCCUCUUCGUUUUACAGCCCACCGUUGCCUUCUGAUUUGUCUGGGCCAAAUCAGUAUGUCGACUACGUCGGCAGUCCGACUUCGCCCGAGUCCAUCGCGGAAUCCUCCGUCACUUCAUCGAGCCCAAUUAAACUAACAGAAGACUUGGAUGGAAGGUGAGGAAGUUUAUUUAUCGAUUAUUGAUUGACUGAUCGAUUGAUUUAGUUGUUUCUGAUCGUGGUUUUUAUGUCUGGGGACGUUUUAAAAUGUAGCCUUUAGCGAUUUAAUAAGGACGGUUGAGGGAGAUGGGCGUUACAGAUUAGUUCCGGUCAUGCAGUGACAUCAUCGUCACAACAUCGCCUCAAAAAAGUAAAAGGAAUGUUUUGAGAUGUGUGUUACUCCUCGUGACAGUUCAAACGGUCGCUACAUUAAGAGGAUGUUGUCCCAUUGUUGUGGCAAUGUUGCUUCAAUAUUGUGUAGUGAGGAUGCUGUAUCAACAGCCCGUGACAGUUCAAACAGCGCUACAUUGAGAGGAUGUUGUCCCAUUGUUGUGGCAAUGUUCUGUCAAUGUUGUGUAGUGAGGAUGUUAUAUCAAUAUUUUGUCAUUGUAGCAACUUCCUUGUUUGACAGUUUUAGGCACCGGAGAAAUUCUGAAGCUCUGACUGUGACUCGCUUACCAAAGGAGUGUUUUAUAAGUCUGGGUUUCGAAGAGCAAAGUUUUUUCUCUUUGCUCGAACAAAUGCUAAGAAACCUAUUGAUUGAAGUUCGUCGGACACGUUGUUUCUCUCUACACCUAGAAUGUUGGCGAAUAUUAAAGGACAGUUAUUUUAUUCGGUACAUCUAUACUAGGUGAAUCUGCCUAUCUAGGUGAUAUGUCUUGGUCUAUGUGCCACUUUUUUUAAUUCUUUAAGUCAUCUCGAAUUUUAAUUUUGCUAUUUAUUGCUAUCUAAUCGUCUUAACCUUAAACUUUGCUAAUCUACUGCAAUUACUUAUAUGGAGAAUUAUAAAUAUAUGAAAUAUGUGUAGUCUAAAAGCGCCAUUUUUAAACGGAAAUCAUUUUUUUCCUCUACGAAGGCUCAACAACUACCGGUCGGAGAAUCGUUUACUGCGAAAAGUUACGUGCAAAAAUGCCUUUCUAGGUUAAAGUCACCGGCUAAUUCAGUUGCCUCUCAUCGCUUCACGCCCCUGAGGUCCUUCCGCGAAACGAAAGAGAACUGAGCGUCUGGAUUCGCAGGCAAAGUUUUGGGUGAUUUAAAAAAAAAAACACAAAGUGCUGACAAAAUGAAAGAGAAGCCACGCCCCAUAAAAUAUGUUUGUGCGCUUUUAGAAUUUGAAUAUAUAGUUAGUGAGAGUGUGAUGUUUAGACGCUGUCUUUUCCUGCUAGUUUAGCGAGGAAGCUAUAGUUCAUUUCCUUGGUACGGUGAUUUCAAAACGGCUGCAGUAAUUGCACUAAAAAAGCUAUUGUUAUAUAUAAAAAAAAAAGGCUAGAGGAUUUAUGAUAUUUGUAAGACAUGCGGUGAUGAGUGGUACACAAACGUUUAUUCUACACCAAAGAAAAGUCAGUUUAAAAAGAUGAAUAUUUUAGCAGUGUUGAAAAAUCUUUAAGUGACAUUUUAUCUUGACAAGCUGCACUUAGCAGUCUGUCUCGAUUUUAACGAUAUUCCCUGCUUUUGUUCUUUGGUGUAAUUUCACUAUCACAACUUGAUAUCUGCGUUUGUCAUAAAAUAUAUUUUUCGUUUUCUUUUAGUUUAGCAACGCGUUUCAUCAUGAAUAUUAUUUUGCCGCACCUUGAAGAUAAAAAUUUUAUCGUUUUAUUUUGUAGUUACCUCUAUGUCCCGUCGUGUUAAUUGACAUAAUUUUUCGCCUGUCGAUUUUUGUCCAAUGAAACGAACAAUACUUGUAUUCUUAAGUGAUCAAAUUUAUUUCGCUUUUAUAGGAGAACUCAUUAUGAAUAUGUAGAUUGGAUUUAUUAGCACCUGGUUGAGCGCGAUGCUAAAUACACCAAAACAUUAUCUCCUCUCGAAUAAGUCAAAGAAAGACUUGGAAGAUCUGUUUGUCGUGCACUGACCAUAUCGAUAUUUGCGUCUCGUGGAAGACAUCGAUAUUUAUCACAAUGCCAAACGGUAGCUCAAUUCCAAAUUUCUUGUUGUCUGAUCCUAGAAUGGAUGACGAACACAAAUUGAUAUCAAGAUAUGCGGCGAGGUAAGUUAAUAAAAUCCGUCUUCCAUGACAGGGCUAUACGCUAACGAACUGAGGGCGACAAAACCAAUAUUUUUUCAUCCUUGACGUGUGGUAUUUCGUUUGGGUUAACUUUUGGGUGGGUUAAGAUAUUAUUCGGUUAAAACCCAAAGUCGUACCCCAGCGGUCUUUGAAAUGAGGGUGGCAUUCAAACUUGCUUUUUCAAGGUCGUUUUACAACGAACGAAGAAUAUAUCAACUAAUUUAUAAAGUGUACUACAGGUAGUUUUUUUCUCGUAGUUGUUUGAGAUUAUUUUAUUAUAUUUGUUUAGUUUUUAGUCAGUUUUUCUCUACGUUUUGUUUUCUGUCUUAUUUUACUUUAAUCAUGGAACCUUUUUACCGCAACUUUUUUUUGGGUCUUUUCUAAAAUUUAUUUUGGACAUCCUUUAUCUGUUAUAAACUCUGAUUUGAUGAUUAAAGCAGGCCCUCGAAGAACUGAUUCCUUUUCUAUACUAAAUGAAUUUAAAUGGGAAGCUUACAUUUUUUCUCGUUAAUCUAAAGAAUGUCAACCUCUGUUAUUUGCUUUUUCCUUUUUAGGGCGCAAUAAAGCAAUUGCCUUUUUUUUGCUUCGUUUUAUCCUUCAGUUAGUGGGUACAACUUAUUGGACAUGAAUACUUUACCAAGAUUUAAGCUGGGUGUGACAAUCAAGUUUAAUCUGCGAGCGAUCUGUUCGUUCGGUGUCAUUUUUGAGGUCUCUAUGUUUGGAAAGUUUUCCCCAAUUUUAGAUAAGCUAUUUUUUUUCUCACAAUACAACGUCCUUAAACUGCGGUACAAUAGGACAGCUUAACGGCACAACUCGUUCAGAAUUACAGUGAAAAAUAUUUGGCCUCGACAGAAAAUUUUGUCAUCAAAUCUUCCAUUAUCUUUGGUGCGAAAUAGAUGACGUCAGUAUUUUCAUUUCCACAAUUGACUCUACGUUUGAGAAGUUCAUAGGGCAUCUCAUUAAGUAGAAAUUUCGACUUCUAAUCCCAAGUGUUUUAGCUUGCUAAAAUACCUUUUUUUCCUUAAUAAAAUUAUUUCAUGCAAUUGAUCCCGUGACAAAUUGUUUCUUUGUGAAUUUCGUAGUGUCAACAUUCAAGGAUUAGCUUCUGUCGAAGGAAGUUUUAUUAUUUUGUUUUACCAUGAGAAUCUAAAAAAAAAAAAAAAGAAACAGAAUUUCUUCACUCAACUCUUUCUUUCAAAAAGAAAACAGAUUUCUUGCUACGGAAAGUCUUUGAAUAAGAUCAUUGCGCAGGUCGCGGCUAAUCUUCACUUAAAAUCAUGAUUCGAUUAAUUUUGCCUCUUGAUUGUUUUAUUUUAGAAUUUAAACAAUAGUUUUCAAUUAAGGCGAUUCUUUGAAAUUAAACCACAGUAGAUUUUCUUUUACCCUCUGCGGUUUCCCCAGUCAACCGCUGGUAAAAUGAUUUCCGUGUAUAAAACGCCUUCGUUUAUGUUGUUGCUGCGUUUUUGUACCUUUUUGGAGGUGGCGGUGUAGAAUUGAGAUGAUCAACGCUUACGAUGGGAAAGAAAUGAAAUCGAAAAAAUAUGCGAAUUGUUGUUAGAGUAUAAACUACAUUCUCGGGACAAAAUAUAACUUAGGCGGAUUUGUAGGCGCCGGCCGUUUUUACAGUUAUUCAUGAGUUUUAUGUUUUCUUUGCCUUGUCAGUUGAAGCUUUGUACUUCUCUUAUCUAACAUUAUGUUUUUUGUUUUCUAUUUUUCUGUUUCCUUCACAAAUGGAAAGACUCGCCGCUAAUUCGGUAAGUGAGUAAUAAUUCUUUGAUGCUUUACAUCUAAGUGAAAUAUAACACAUUUAAAAACAUUGUAUACUGGGCAUUUCAAGCUCUCUUUUUGGCGUAAACCUCACCUCUGAGGAAAUAUGUCAAUAAAUAAUUGAAGGAAUAAAAAAAUAAACAAGGGAAUAAAUAUUAAAUACCGUAUCACUGAAACACUUUUUAAGAUUCAGGCUGUCGUGAUCCGCGGUAAAUACAAACAAGAUUACCGGAAAGUUCCCGAGAAACGGCGCCUUAUAUUCUCUGUUUGGAGUUUAUUAGACAGUAGAUUGAGAUAGAUAAAGGAUACUUUAGAUUAAGAAGCGGUACGAAAAGAGUUUGUUAUCAAAGGCCACAUCCGUAUCUAAGUUAGUGAACUACAAUCAGCGACAUAAUGUGGGAGCACUUUCGUGAAUAUCUUGGACAACAACGCUCUCUUAGUGGACGUAAUCACAAUAAAUACUCCGCAAUUGCCCCAAUACAACCUGGCGCCUCUUCGUCCUGGUGUCAGAAACUGAAUUAUUUUUAGAUUUUGUUUUCAUUCAAUGUAUCACUUGUGGAGGUUUAAAUAGAAGUUAGUUGUUGAUUGCCAUUUUUGUCAAUCAUCAUCGUCAUCGUUAUCAUCAUCAUAAACAUCGUCAUUUUCAACAUCAUCAUCAUUAUUAUUGUCAUAAUCAUCAGGUGCCUUCAUUAUCAUUUUUUUUACCUUGUAUCGCUGAAUCUUAUUAUUUUUUAGCGUCAAAAGCCUGUCAACAAGGUGAGCAAGUCAUCCAGCCAAACAAGUAUUGACGCUAACAGAGAACAGAGAGAACUGAUGCAGACCCUGCAGAAUAAGAACAGGUGACCAUACCAGCUCCAUACCAGUAUCCAUCUCAUUUAGAAACGAUUUCAAAUAGCCCCCUUUCGAUAUAUGAAAAUUCUAACAUUUUUUUUUACGUCUCUAUUGUCUCGCAAUUCCCGGAAGAGACUUGAGCACAAAGAAAACCAAACCCAAAAAUAGAAAUAUGACCAGAAAGCGUCUGAGUCAAGUUAGAAUUUUAUUAUAUCGAACGUGGCCUUUUUGUGUUGCAGAAUUAUUAAACGCUAGGCAACAACGUUUGUUGGAAAAUAGAGAGAGCGUAAGAAUCGGAGGCGGUUGUUUUCGGAAUUCCAUACAUUUACACAUUUAAAGUUUGUUGUUAUUGAUGCUUACGUAGGCUUCUUCUCAAGGAAAUUCGCCGUCUGCGCGACGAACACGAGGAAGCAUCGAGGUCAGCGGCUCAGAUCGCUCAAAACCCACAGUUAUUGGCCGAGCUCAAGUUGUUACGGCAACGAAAAGAUGAACUCGAGUUGCGCAUGUCAGCAUUGCAAGAGAGUCGCCGUGAACUGAUGGUGCAACUGGAAGGAUUAAUGAACCUGCUAAAAGUAAGUUUCCCGUAUGUAGAGCUCCACGUAUACCUAAGUUCCCGUAUGGGAAACAAGUUACGUGUAUGUUAAGUAAGUUACCCCUACCAGCGUGCUAGAAUGGCUGAGCCGAACACUAAAACUACCUUCACCUGGUGCAACAAACCAAGCUAUAUACGGAUUAACACUGAAAUGACGUCGAUUGCGAAGUUACAACUGUGCGAUUCGUUAUAACCGCGGGACCGUGUUAUCAGGAACCUGUUAAAUGCAUUUUUGUUUCACUGAUUGAUUGGGCUUUAUUGUGCCGGAGUUUGACUGGAAAUUUAAAUCAUCGUCAAAAAACAUAACCAGUGAAGCUUACUUGUGAGCUUCCAGUGUGAACCUUGUUACCUGUAAACUGUCUAACUUGAACCCUAUGAAGUGGGUUUUUCUGCUGACGUGUUAGAACCAAGACUGGCUCUUUUUCUCCCUUAGUGAUCGUUUCUCGAAAGUCCUGAUAAUUGACAAGCUCAAGGUCCUAAUAGUUUUGCUGAUUUAAUGAAACCUUAAAGGAGCUAUGUCACGAAAUUCAGCCAAAUUAGGAAAUUACAAAAUGCCCGUUUAAUUAAGAGGAACAUGAAAAUAACCGCUUAAAACUUUAAAGAAGGGUUGAAAUAACAUAACAGAAACAACAGAGGCCACGGGUGGGCAAAACUGAAGAAGAUUGAAACGGAUUGAAAUUAGGGUUUUUGCAAACUGUUCAGCGCUACAGUUUUUCAAGGUUGAUCCCUGCUGCUUGCAGCUUCAAAAAUAAUGCUCAGGAGACAUAUUUGUGUCUUGGAUCUCUGAUUUUGUCGUUUGCCUGUAAUUUCUUUGCUUACUAUAAGUUCCAUAGCGAUUGAGGGCGAGUGAUUGGCAAAAUUAAACACAAUGAACUGGACUACCGUGACACAGCUCGUUUAAGCUAACAAAACAAGAUGGGCUGCUUUGUAAGCGAGGACUUGCGCUUUUAUUCCUACGGAUUUUGAUUUGAAAAGCUUUUUGAAAAGCUACCGGGACUUUUGAUAAACGGCCACUGGACAUCGGAUAAGUGUUUUGUUUUCUUUAUUUGCACCGCCAUGAUUUUUUUUUUUGGCUCCAGAUGGUGGGUAGAUGUAGGGUGUCAUUUUUGCCGUUGUUGUUGUUGUUGUUGUCUGUUUUUAAGUGUGCGCUCAGCUCUCGUUCCAAAGUGGCAAGCUUCCCUUUAAAUCAAGCCAUGGUUGAGAAUGGUUUCCAGCGUGACUUGUUGAGUUGUAUUUGAAGAGCUUGUUAAGCCCUUGCAGUCACUGGGAUAUACAUAAUCUUGUAAUAUUGCUGCUCAAACACUCAUCGACCUCGUCUUGACGUAAGCGAAAUAAAUUAAAUAGGCGUAUUUUAAUUAAUGAAAAAGCAAUUGAUAAAAUCUCUAAAGCAGUAUGGGAAAAGGUUUCGAGAAAGGAAUGUGAUAGAAGAGAUUUUAAUGAGUUAGUUAAUUGUCUUGCUUUGAAGGUACUUAAUUCCAGUGCUUAAUGUGGUUUAGUGGUCGUGUGGAGUUUUUGCUGCUUUUUGAUAUACUGCGCUUUUGUUAGUGCGGAUUCUAACUAUCAACUUCAGUUGCGAUUGAGUUACAGUGGAGUUUGCAUAUUUUGCGUUAUAAAUGCAGUCUGGUGAUUUUGUUGACUUUAAUUAAUAGCAUGCAGUUGUCAAUUGGAAUUCCUUAACGCAUGUUUAUGUCCCUCGGUUGCUCAAACUUUUUUGCGCGUUUGUUUCUCAAGUUUAAUCAUGGGAUAGUCAUGUUGAAUUGUUUUGCAAAAAUGCAAACCGACUGUUUUUUUACAGCAACAGGACAAAUCGCAAGGAAAGACUGAGAUUGACUGGAAACACAAACACCGCAGCAAAAAACUGUUAAAGCUAAUGCAUAAAUGAAGAGUACUAACCUUUAAGGGGCCGAUUACAUGAUUUCUGCGCGGUUUGUUGAACAAAUGGUCUUAAAACGAUUAUUGCGAUUAGGUUAAGAGAGUCUAAGGGCCUGUUUACAUGGAGGUGGGGGACCCCAGGUUGGUGAGGUAACUCGCUUAGGUGGGGUAACCCGCCUGCCCAUCUAAUCUCUUAUUUUAAUUGGAUCACGUUUACAUGAUAGGUGGGGUGACCCGCCAAGAAGGGUAACCCGGUCUGGUAGACCGGGUUACCCUCUCAGCUGGGUUCAAAUUUUGCCAUGUAAACGUUUCAAGGUGGGGUAACCCGCCUGGCCGGGGUCGGAUUCGUGAUACAUCAAACUCUCGCAAAAUUCACUUUGGUGGUGACUUUGCAUCAUUAUUAAAGUUAACAAUAGAAAGCCAUUGCACUGAAGGUUGCAGCAAGAGCAGCAAGUGAGUGUAGAAGUGCAUUAAUCGGCAAAACACAUGGUUUGCCAGCAUUUUUCUUGUUUACCUGCUUCGCGACCAUUCAGUAACCUUGAGAAAGCGCACCCCGGGAUGGCGGGGUUGUAAGAUUGCUUAUAAAGGAGGGAUAUUUUUUUUACCCCACCUAAGCAGGUUACCUCACCUACCCGGGGUCCCCCACCUCCAUGUAAACAGGCCCUAAAAGUCUGAAAAACGUAAGCAUCCGGAUUCACGACGCCUCCGCUGGUUCCCCCGGGAAAUGACGUCUGAGAAAUGACUGCAGAAAUUCCAUACUGAUGACGUGUCACUACCCUGAUCUGGGUAGUGCUUCUGAUUGGUUGAAGCAAAUUUCCCUUGCGAAGCAAGCGUUUCCGAACGUCGUUCUUCGGUCUUUCUUUGCUACGCAGGCUACUUCCGAUACGACCAACGAAUUUAUGCGCUCGUUUGCCAGUCGUCAUUUCGUGGGGAAACUAGUGGCUGUGUCGCGAAAUGUCGGCUGUUUUCUGAGGCUAGUUCAGUAAUCGCUUCCCUAAAAGUAUUGUUUUGUUGGCGCUCGUUAAAUAACUAUAUUUCCUCUAUCGACGUAAAUGCUAUAGCCACAUUGUACAGCAUAAACAAUACCACAGCAAAGGUAAAAUACCCCGACCGCAAUGUAUCCUUAAUUAUAUUGGUUUUCCUGUGGUUUCUGAUGAUGUCACUAAAUGUUCGCAUAUUUGUGUUAAGAUUUAUAUUCCCGUUCGCGAUCGAAUACGGAAACUUAUAGGACAGAUUUCAUUACCUUUCACGAGGACUGAACAAAGUGGAUUAACCUAAAAUGGACUGUAGAGGCGACUGGUUAAAAUUUUCAGUUUUUUGUUUGUUUGUUUUUAGUAUGCAUACGUCACUAUUAUCAAACCUAUUUACAACCUGUUUGAUUUAGAAUCUAAUUUCGUCACGAUUUCUUGACAAAGAAAAAUCACUGUUUUAAAAAAAUUGGCAGAAUUUUUAGCAAAGGAACUCAAUCCUUAAAUUUGUACAACUGAUAUGAUCUUUUUGUUUUAUUAAUCCACUUUGUUCUGUCUCUUGCAGGCAGAAAACCUGUGAUCGGCAGACAAGAGGAUGAAUUAACGGGUGUCAGAGCUAAUAAAAAUUUCAUAGAAAUGUUCUAAUUUCAUUAAUUCUAGCUGUGGUUUAAAAGUUAAAAGUUUAAGUAGCCUGUUCCAGGCGUUCGGAAAAUUUGUUUUUGCCUUAAUUUGUUGUUUUUCAAAUUCAACCGAAGGCCCAAGCUGGCGCAGUCUAUAUCGAAUCAAAAUCGUUGCUUGGGCUCAUUUUUUUUGUCUUGUAGUUUUGUGUUUACUUUCAAAUUAUGUAGUAAAGAGCUAAGAAAGUCAAGUCUAAAUAAUAAGAUUUUAAGAAAAGUUGUAGACAGCAAACGCGUAAACCGCGAUAAAAAGCAAAUCGUAGUGAUACAUGGUGAAUUAAUUACGUCGAACAGUAAACUGGUUUGCCAUGCUGGUUUAGAUUAGCAAGAGACUCAAUAGAGACUUCAGUUAUUUCUUGAAGGAAGCUAUUGUAAAGGUCGUGAGCGAAUAUUCAUGUUUGUACAUUUUUUAUUUUAAAAAUAUUGCGUCGAGUUUUUGUUACAUCGAAAGUUAAGAAGUAUUUGUAGAUUGAGUGAAUUGGUGUGUUUUUGUUCACGUCUACCAAAUGUGUAAGGUUUUAAACAGUUCCAUCUUUUCGUUUAUUUUUUUGUUGUUGGCUGGAAAAUGGAAUUGAAAUAUUUUUCUUCUUAUUUUUUUUUUUUAAAUUAUUACUACUUAUAUUAUUUUAAUCACAAAAAGAUUGUGCUUUGUAUACGUUUCUAAAAAAUAAUUUUUAGGGAAACUGUAGGGACAGUUUCUUUGUCUCGGCGUUUAGAAAAUAUACGAAAUAUAUCGGUGCGUAAUGUUUGCGGCAUAAAUCCCUGACACGCUCAAAUUGUGUCAUUAUAUUCAGCUUACAGAAAAGCUAAUUGAAAAUAUAUAAACAUAAGAUGUUAUGGAAUAAAGAUAUAUAAAUCUCUAUAUCUACGGAAUAGUUCGAUCCCGCAGUAUAAUGGAAGUUUCUUUCAAAUAUCAGUUUCGUAAAAGAAGCCUAAAAUAUAGAGUUUUGUUAAUGGAUAACGUCGCAGUCUUAUCUGCAAAUAAAAAUACUGUAUAACAGAUAAUUUACAAGUUGCUGACCCUUAAAUAAAAUAAAUGACCUGUUUCAUUGGUGAAAGGAUGUAUUGCUCUCGCUUUAAGAGUUCUUAUACUGAAGUUGCAGAAGUCAAGCCUAUUUUUUAAUUCAGUGGUUUGUGUGUGUGAUUGUUUGUAAUGUUUGGUUUCACUGUACCCAAUGUUAGAGCGGUUUUCGGAAGACCUUUUUCGGAAGACCCUUCCACGGGAGCCCUUCAGAACUAAAUACACUUCAAUGACUCGAGGGAGGCAAAAAUGUGCCACUUUAAAUAAAUUUUUAAAUUACCUACUGCGAACAUCAGUCAAAGUAUUCAGAUUUCAUUCAGAUUUUUUAUUAUUUGCACUAUUUCAAGAGGUUACUACAGAAAUUACAAUACGUUACAAAUGUAAGGAAAAAAAUAAAACAACAAAUUACAUAAAUCACCAAAGAUGAAAUGUGCGUAGUGACCAAAGGAGCUUGGGCUUUCGAGUUGAUCACUGCCAUGUGUAACUAACGAGCGUAGACGUCACGCCGCCAUCACUAUGGAAACGAAUCCAACAAAGUAGGUGAUUGAAUGGAAUAGAACUCCUGGAAUAGAAUUAUGGAACAGGGUUACGCAAAACCAAGAACCGUUGGACGGUGGGGGUGGGGGAUUAGAGUAAAAAAAAGGAGGGGGGAGGGGAAUAAUGGGCUUUGUGGGAAAAGGGGUCGGAUCGGCAACUGCCAUAAACGGAACUUGUGCUCAGAAUAGUUGAUAGGUACGCGAUGUAUCCUGGCUAGUGUUUCUUCCAACGGUGAAACAACAUUGAAAAUUUUCAAGUGCAACAAAUUUUUACAUGAUCUGACGAUGUAGACUUUGCUUUGUUUUCUUUUGUUUUUCUUUUUGCUCGGCGGUGCCAGUGUGAGUCCCGAGGCAUCUCAAAACUUCAGAAAUGUCGCAACGGAAGUUCGGGAUUGCGACGAUAUUGCCGGUAACUGAUUCGUUUGUGUCUCUGGCGUUUGUACGUUGCCUUUUAGUUUUGCGGAUAGAUAGCGUUGCGUCAAAAGAGUCCAAUACCUGCCUGGUACGCUGCCGCAGCCAGGUCGCAAACUUCAGAGGAACUUGUUUCCGAUUCUUAAUUUGUAAGUCGCCAAAUCUGCGGAGUUGGCCUUCGACUUACUUUUCUUGGUUGUUCUUACUUCCAAAGCGGCGUGUUAAGACAUAAAGUGUUGCGGUGGCUGUUUGGCAAUAAUCUUAAUAACUACUGCAAUUUUUGGCACCAGUUUCGAGGAAUUUCUUUAAAUGGCCGUGGUCAACAAUGCGCCCAUGUUACAUGUUCUGUGUCUUGAAUGCAAAGUUUUCUUGACCACACUGUCUUUAAGUUAGCGGUGGUAUUAACAUCCAAGAAUUCGUAGAAUUUUGUGGCUCCCUUUUUAGCUUAAAGUAAGCAAUAUGAGCCUGCGCGGUUCUUGAUCAAUACUACAUCCAUAUUUAAGUGGCGUGUUAUGUCCUUUGGUGCCGCUGUCAGGAGCGAAAACACAGCGUGAUAUUAUUGUGGAUUUUCUUCUAUUGCAAAGACAAGUUUAAUAGUUUAGCCUUUGAUCUUUUCGCUCUGCGGUAUAUGCUGUAAACACAGGCCGAGAUAAAAAAGAUCUGCGACUUUCCACUGAUGCGUUGUUCAAAUUGUUCCCAUAUUUUUGACAACUUUGUGGUCCUUACUUUUAACAAUGUUGGCCGUCUUUGCUUCACUAAUCAAAUUCCUGUUUAUUCUAGUUGGGAAGCAGCUGGGCGUCCAAAACUCUCCCAAGCUUUGUUUUUUGGUUGUCGUUAAGUUGCAAAAAUAUGAUAGAUACCAAGAAGACUUUUAGCACUUUUUAUAAUAAGUGUUAGCAUAUAUGGAGACGACAAAAAGUCUGUUUCUGGGCAAAAGGAGGAGAUAUUCAUACAUUUUCUUCUUAUAUACUAAAUCCUUUUAAUCUGUGAAUUGAGAGAAUGCAGUAUUAUAGGUUGACCAUGGAAUUUGAAGUUUAUCCAUUUGAAAUCCUGAAGUGUGACCAUUUCAGAUGAGAGGCUGCGCUGAUCAGUGCUUUCUUGUACUGCUGUUUAUCAUGCUGAAUUCUAUAGUAGAUUGUUCGAAGUUUCAGUUCUCUGAAUGAAAUGUUCGAGGCAAAGAGCGACCUUCAAAUAAAACAGACUGAACAGUAUUUUUCUGUCGCCCAGUCCCUUGGUUUAUUUUUGCUGGACUAACUUCUCAUACUCAAGAUAUCUUUUUUUAAUUACUGUAGAGAAUUCCAAAACCCUUUCAUUCAAAUUAAAACUGAUUUGUUAUGGUCUUUCAGGUCUUAUGCAAUCUUGUAAAAUGUGUUUCUUAUUAGGUAGUAUUGUACUUUGCUUUGCUUUACUUUGCUCGUAUUGCGCUGAUGGUAUUCAAAGCUUCAAAUUUUAAAUUCCAUGUAUAUUUAGCUUUCCUUGUAUUACCUUAAAAUGUAUUUCCUUCGUCAAUUUCCGGUGUUGUUGAUCGGUUUUAAUUCACUAAAUGCGGUUUCUUGAAACUUUGGUUGAAGGUGAUAUUAAUAGUCUCCUUGCCAAUAUUAGCUGGAUUAGAAGUUCCAAGUCAAACUAAGUGUUAUUCUCUUCGUCUGGAAUGAUUUAACUAAGUAGACCCCAGUUUUGGCACCGUGACAGAAUUAGCUCAAUCAGUAUGGCGAUGGAGAUAUGUGGAGCGAGGCUAGACCGGUUAGACUCUCGGUCUUACUGAGGAAGAAGGUAGUUGCGAACGGCUAGACUUCCGCGUGGCUGAGAUUACCAAGUAGAAAAGGUGGUGCCUUCUCCAAUGAAUUCGGAGACACAAAGACAGCGUCCUCCAUUAGCAAUUGUGUGCUAAAUACAUUGACACUUCAAUAAAGUACGUCUUUUUGUUUCCGUUAUGUAAGCUACAUUGAUGUGUGUUGCGCCAAAGGGUAUAGUAUUUGACUUCUAUUUGUAUAGGUAAUAGCGUGAUUUGUAGUGAUAUUUGGCAUAAAUACCACGAGUGAUAUUUCAAAAUUGUUGUACGAAAUUUCACGAGCCGUUAGGCGAGUGAAAUUUGAGACAAUUUUGAAAUAUCACUAGUGGUAUUUAUGCCAAAUAUGCUGGUAUUUCAAAUUAAGCUGAAAUACCAGUGCUCUUAGCAGGGCUCAAAGUUUAAAUUUCAGUUUGGGAGCACUUGUGCUACCAGGUGUAAAUUUUUAGGCGCAUUGCCGAAAUUUGAGGCGCACAGCUGAAAAUCUUAGGAGCACAGAUUGUAAUGUUGGGAGCAUCUAUUUCAAAAGAAAAAGUAAAAAGCUAAACAGUGCCACGUUUUACUUUUAUUUCAGUCCUGUGAUUGAUAAAACACAGCUGAUUUGCUACGCAGUAAUACCGUUGUGGUUUUUAAUGCUAAUUUCUCUUUUUGACAGUACGGUUGUGACUAAAGAAAACUUACACGUGAAAAAAAAUUCAAAACUGACAACUGGCAACAACGAGUGUGUCGAACGAGAAUGAAAAUUAAUCUUUCAUGAAUUUGUUAAAUGCGCAAUGACUUUCAUGUAACUGGAAUGUGACUUAAAAACUUUCUUACCUGGGAAAAAAGGCUCUUAAUCCGCACUGUUUUUGUUUUGAUUGACCUUAAAACUGAACGUUCGACAUGAUCGUCCAUUGCGCAAAAAGCACGUGUUUCGUUCAUAGCAUAUAAGCUCAUAUAUUUGCAUGUUUCAGCGGUGUUUCUUACAAAACAGAGGAGUCGGGAACGGAGUGAAACAUCGAAACGAAAAAGAAAAUUCGAGUUCCUGGAAUCCAUUGAGAGAAAAGACCAGCAUAUUUUAAACAUACACCGUCUUUCUAGUUCUAGUUCGUAAGUAUAGUCGGAAGCAAGUCAGUCGCACCGCACUUUGGGUUUUAUGGCGCACACGUGCGAUUACACAUCAAUUUUUAGGCGCACAACCAAAAAUCCAGUCGCAUAUUCGACCGGUUAGUCGUUAACUUUGAGCCCUGCUUAGCCAAUCAAAUUAAAGAAAUUUCUCAUGUAGUAGUGUAAGCAGUGAAAUUGGGUAUACAUUUUAGCUGCUUAGGUCACUGGAAAAGCGUCAGGUUUUGUGCUCUCUUUGCCCAGGGUCUGGAUUUAUGAUUUUUGUCCUUUGUCCUUUGCGAACAGCGGUCCAGAUCUGAAAUGGGUAGGGUAAAUCACACAUUUUGGUCUGAAAUAGAGUUAGAAAUUCGGGAAGCGUACCGCACACUCCCACCCCACCUUCAUAACCGCCACCAGCAGGAGUAAAGCAUUUCACUUUCUCUGACGAUAAACAAACGUUUGCUCAAAUUCAUGACGUCAAUCAUCAAUCUUUAAAACAAUUAAUAUAAUACAAAGAGUUGUGUACGAAUUGUUUUCUUUAAAACUGAAAGUAAUUUGUAUUGAUUUAAUAACUUUGAGGGUGUUAAAUAAGUGUGACCAUUUCAACUGAAAGCUAUUUAGCAAGGUAAUACUAUUGUACUACAUACAAGUCAUCUCGUUGUGUGUAUGGAAUACUGAAAUGUGACUAUUUGAAUGAAAGCCAGAGCAGAACCUUCCUGUGAUGCUGUUUGUUGUACUGUACGUGGUACAUGACAAGAGGAGCCCGCAAUCGUAAUCUCCAGGUUGCCAUUACGCAUGUACAGCACGUGUGUAGCCAGCUUCGUUUGGCCAUCCACUAAGAAUGAAUGAAAUGCACAGACCGCUCUCUGAUCAAGCGUGUUUUGACCAUCUUUCGGUCGCUGUCGCCCGCUCUCCGUAACCUUUGGUUAUUUCUUAUACUUGUAUUAACGUUGAAGUGUGUGAAUGUAAUACCGACGUGUGACCAUUUUUACUAGUGAACGCUACCGAGCUAUACUUUCCUGUGCUACUGUUUGUUUUGCUGUCUAACUUGGUUCGACGUCUUGUGUCUCUGGGUGAAGUUCUAAGUCCAUAUACUUAUUCAACAAAUUCUUGGUUUGCAAUCACGUGACAAGGCAGGCGGACAUAUUAGUUCACAGAAUAAUAAAGCGCUUUUGCAUGACGUCACGGCGGCCAUAUUGGUUUUCCAAAACAAUGAAACGGCGACCAUGUUGUUGUUCCGAACCAAUCCUGUGGGAGUUGAACUCUUUUCUUACGUUAACGUUUUCUUUUGUUCGAAUAAAUAAAUAAGCAUCAACGGCUGGCCACGUAAGUGAAACGCUUUAUACCAUUUUGUUUUUUAUCGCAGAAUUUGCAUGAAAACAGAAAUUAAGUUCCCCGGCAGCGAAGGAAAAAUCUUUUUCUUUUCUUUUCAACCGACAUGGCCCCCGUGACGUUAGCUGCAAUAGUCGCUUAACAUUUCACUCCUAGCACAAACGGCGAGAAGAGUUUUUACUCUAACUUUCUAACCUAUGGGUGGAAUGCUAUGAUGUUACCAUUCAAAUGUAACCCUUUUGUAGAACUUUUCAAAUAUUCCAUUUAAAUCUUUAAAUGGUACAAAAAGAAAAUUUCAUUUUUUUUCUGAAUUGUAUACUUUGCUCACUUUUAGAAAUGUGGACGCAACAUCUGAAAUAUAGUCUUCGUUCUGUUAGUCGAGAGGGUUGUAACUUAAAAGUUGGUGGCUAAAUUUGUUGAUCACUUUAUAAAAGCUUCCCAUAUUGUGAUAUUAGAUGUUUUUGUUUUGUUUUGUGUCGGCUGUCUGAUUUUGUCUGCCCAAGCUAACAUUUGAGUCUGCAAACAUGACGGGAACAGUCAACUCAAUAUAUAAACUCUUCUCUUCUUUUGGUUUCUGGUCGUUCCUGGGAAUAAAUGUAUUUUUAUUUUGCUCUUACAUGAAUUAUCAUAUCUUGAAGCGCUUUUAAGCUCAUUGAGAAUAUAGCUAGGUGAUGUUACAAUUUCGCCUCAGAUGUAAUUUAGUAAACACUUCUUAACAGGUUCGAAUGAUGGUGCCUUAUAUUGCAUACCCUAAAAAGGUGAACCAAUCACAUGAAAUCCUUACGUGUUGUGUUGCAUGCAGUCUUUGUGUUCUUUAGGAGGUUUUAAGUUACCCCUGCAAAAGCCAACAACUCAUUUGCACUUACAAUUUCAACUUAGUUGCCACAGUUGAACCUUUCCACGAUGACGUCACUUUACUGCAAAAACCAGAAUUCUUUUUGUUCUUGCUUUUUUUAUGUUAAUUUGUUACUUCCAUCAGAGUUUGAGUAACAAUAGCCCAAAUUUAAGCAAGGCGUCAAUAAACUUGAGGAUUCUAGUAGCAGCAGACAAAAGCUAAUUGCCUACGUAAGAUUUCAUCCACAAAGAGAGUUAGAACUAUUACACAGGGCGCAUGUACAGGCAUUCACAGACUCAAAACAGAACCAUCUUAUACAAGACAAUAAACAUUAUACCAGAGGAAAGUAACCUUCAUUUGAAUGGUCACACUUAAGAAUUUCAUACACAGUGACCCGGACCUUAGAACGACUUUUGCACGACAUAACAAACAAUACCACAAUCUGUAGCUCUCAUAAUUUUGAACGACUAAACGGUCGCUUUAUUUUUGUCUAUUGACUCGAUAAACUUAGAAAUUUUCAUUAUCUGUUGACAAAAGGGAUGUAAAUUGUUGUGAUAGUGAAUUGUUGUAGGCCGUUUUUACAUAUCGUCACGUCCGUCAUAUUGAUUUCCCAAACAAUGAAAGGGUGCCCACGUUGCCAGUUUUGUGAGAGUUGAACCUUCUUAUAUGUAAACACUUUUUUCGUUCCAACAAAUUUCACAGUCGCUAGCCACGUGAAUGAAAACGCUCGUUAUAUCCUUCUUUGUUAAUAGAAUACCAAACAGACAGACGACUGUAGCAUCGGAAAUCGUUACCGUUAAUAUUCAUUCUAGUUGAAAGAUCGAAUUCUCAUAACCAUGUCGAAAGUAACUAUAUACUCAUCGAUUAGAAGAAAUUAUACUCUCAUAUUGGUCGGCUCGAGUAAAGUCUUAUGGUUAAGAGAUACGUUUGACUAUUUUGGUGAUAUUGUCGUCUCAGGCGUUAAGUGACAUUUUAAGAAGGUAUUGAUUCUUGUUCGGUUUAUUGCUUAAAAGGGAACUUAAUGAUAUUAGUUUGUGAAAGUAAUCUGACCGAGAUUACAAUCUUUGGAGCCUACUAGAGAUUUCUGCCUUGCACCAGUUAAUCCAGAUUCAACUUGAAUGUGGACUUAUUUUUUUCUAGAACUUUUAUUUGUUCAGUCCGAUUUGUGGGUUUUCACGUAAAUGAAUGUAUCCGAUUUUUAGCGACAGUAAGAAAGUCAACGAUAAAUGGAAUGAUAUGUGUGAAGUAAAGAAUUCAGAAAAAAUCUGAGUUCCAGAUGGGAAUUUAAACCACGACUUUCCAGACACUAGGCGGAUGCUCUAGCCACUGAGCUACUGGGAAUUACACGUCAGUUGUGGGCUGUCUUGACCAUUGCAUCGCGCAGUCAGAUUUUGUCAAAUAAACACUCGCAUUAACUGCACCACGUAAUCACGAAUAUCCUCUCUAAGAGAACUAGAUAAUUAUGGAAUUAUAUGUGGAGAGAAGAAUCAGAAAAAAGUUCUGAGUUCCCGAUGGAAAUUGAAACCACGGCCUUCGAAAGUCAAAAUCGUUUUCAUUGUAAAUUAUAUUUAAAAAUGUUGCCUAAUUUGGUUAAAAAAAUCUACGCAAUGGAAUUCAAAUUCUAAAGUACACAACUUUGUCCUAGUAAGAAACACGUUUACGACAAUUUUCCUCACCGCAAGAACAUAUCCAACUUUGGUAUUUCCGCAAAGGGUUUCUUUCUUCCCGUCUUCCAAUCUUUUCAAGUAUCCUUUUCGUUAAAAGUAAUAUUAUUGUACACAACAAUUCGUGAGCGCGUUGAAAAUGAGGUAAUUUUGGGAUGAUAGUGAUACAAAAUGGUACGAUGUAGCAACUUUUAGUAACUUUAAUUUACGCUCGUUUGAAAAUGUUAGCUCUCUCGCUUCUAGACGUGAAACCCGUUCGGAACGAUUCAAAGUUUUCGUCUUAGAAAGGUGCGCGCCUUGUAGAGAGAUUUAAUUCUAAGGAAAUUGACUCCAGAACAUUAGAUUCCAACUCUAGAUAUCCGUUAAAAGCGAGUUGGAUUUAAAUGAAUUUCAUGAAGUUGAAAGUGCUAAGCCAUUUUAAGUUGCCAAACCAACAUAGUCUCCUCACUUGUUGCCUGUAAGACCCCAAGCUGUUUAUCUUUUAACUAGUCUGAUUCAAGUUUUGAGGAAGCCCUUGUUUUGGUACCUCGGGUUAAUUAAUCCUUUUUUUUUCCAUCGAGUUUUACUUUUGCUUCUGCAGACUGAGGAGUUUUGUGGAUUUAAAACCUACCUUCAUUCCUUGAGUUUCUAGAAGAUUGUACACUUUCCAAAAAUCACUAGAAACGUUUACCCUAGCUCAUGCCACGAUUUUACACUUAAAACUAUUUGCAUAAGUAGUUAUUAUCAAAAGCCAAUAAUGUCUUAAGGUGGGGUACAAAGAUAAUUUACCAGGGCCAAAAUAAUUAAGCUGUUGGAAGCGGCCGUAAACCUCGUCCCAUUAAACCGAUCUAAAUUUAACUCGCUCUUGAACACAUAGCAGAUAUUUGCUUUGAAGGCAAUUGCCACGGAGUUACAGUUCAGUAGUUAUCGCACUUCGGCAUCAAUGACGUAGAAGGCCCGAACUCGAUUUUUUGUAUUAUAUAUUCGCCUGUCUACCGUAAAUAGCUCGUCGAUAUUGCCCCGUCACAUUGCUCAGUUUCCGGAAAUGUUAUUCAAAUAUCUUUAAGUUUGUAAUUCGUAUUUGCUAUUAAAGUCGAUAGCGAGGUUUGCCGUUUUCAGUUAGCUCAGACCACGACCAUCUCAAGACAUGGAUGCCAAACUCGUAGUUCUUGGAAAAGUCCUCAGAUACUGCAAUGAAAACAAGGCCUUGUCGUCCGUACUGGUUUUCAUCGCGGCAACGAACGUUUUAGCUUUGCUUUCGCCGGUUUUCGAGCCUCCUUGCGUUUCGUGCACUCUAACAAGGACUUUCUCAGAGUUUGGAGGGUGUUCUAACAAUGCGGUCCCGUUUAUGAAGGUAGGAGUUUGUUGAUAAUUUGAAGUGGUAAUUUUGUUUUCGCGAAAUCUCAAGUUCUUUUGCCGGUCGCCGCUAGCAAACUCGUCAUUUUUGGCGCGAAGACCGCGGCUACCUUUGGAUCUCCAAUGGCCGCGUUUACCAACAAGCAUUCUUUCAAAAUAUUUUAACAACCAAGCGAAUUUACCUUCGUCCCUUUGCAUGUUAAGUGCCAAGUUUUUGGAAGUAAAUAUUCCUUUUUUUUUUCGCUCAAUGCUGCCGGCAUUUACAUUGACUGAGCUUAGUUAUAUCUUUUCUUUUUUUUCCUUUUUUUCUUCGCUGUUUUUGCUUCGCCAUAUAUCACAUGGUAAUUGAGUAAUCCUGCUCGUUAAACGUAUCCUUACCGUGUCAUACAAGCGCACGUGUAAUAAUAUCGUAAAACGCGUCUUUCUUUUUCGCAUCUUCAUGGUCAAUAGCCAGCCUAGAACAGGGGGGUUAUACAAAUUAUUUUUCCUUUUUACUCUUUUAUCGGGUUUCAGGCUUUCUAUAAUGCUUUUUUUAAAAAUAAUCAAUCAAUAUCCUAUUUUUUUUUUCUGAAAUAAUCUAGCACUGUUACAGCUUUGCAUCAUUUGUAACGUGCACCGAGUGCAACUGUCUACUGUAGAGGAAAAAACUAGAGCUAAUUUUCAAUGGGUGCGAGAACGAAAAUCAUAACUCUAGCUCUAUACGGUGAUAUAGUGACUGUCCUUUCUAUUAAUUUAAAAUACUCAUCUUCGUAUCAAAGUUCGUUUGAAGUAUGUCCCUGGUUUGUAACUGCAUAGGUGCGAUCCCAAAAAGAAUGCCUCAGUAUCAGUCGUCAGGAAAAAAAAUUUCAAAAAAGUGUACAAAUGAAAAGGAACGUAUUGAUUUUAUUAUUGACCUUUCAAACACACUUCAAGUCAUAAUUGUUGCACGUGAAGCCGUAUCGAUUACAUAAUAGUCAAGUUUAGUGAGGUUAUCAGUUGUAAGCAUAUAAAUCUUAAAUUUCGAUAAAACAACAAACUGCCCAAUCAAGUUUCGUGAAAUAGCAUUCUAAAACGUUUUACAUUUUUUAAAAUAGUAUCAAUAGUGUUUGCUCGGCUCACUCCAGAAAAAAUACUUUAUGCAUUAAAAUUCGCCGCAAACCCAGAAUUCAUUACUAGGAUAGUGCGAGGCUCGUUGUAAGUAAAUUGUUAAAUUGCUAUGUUAGGUUUCUGGCGUAUUUUCACUUUAAUACUGCAUGAAAUACUUUAUACACAAUCUCAACACCGUUCAUUCACAAUAAUCGACCUUUUUUGGUUUUGUUUUUUUCCCUAAAAACAAUGAGUCAAUAUUUAGGUUUUGCACGUAAAAUAAUUCUUGUCCGGGAGAGAGGGCUUGGGUUUCUUUUGUACUUAAGUGUGAAUUACUUAAUAUUGAUUCCUUGUUUUUUUCGUAACAUAAAAGUUAUAAGUUAUACGUUCAUCUCCUUUGGGAAACGUCUUAUGCAAAUUAAAACAACACGCCUUUUUUUUUUCGAAAGGACCCUUAUGACGUUUGAAUGUCAAUAACACCUAGGUUUAAAACUGUGAACUAUUAAGUUGUGGUUAUAGUUUCAGAGUCGAUAACGUCAUUUCUCUUUACUUAAAUUUUUGGGCCUUUGUUUCUGCGAUAUUGCUUGUUAGAAUUUAACUCCAUCUUCUUAGUUUUAGAAUAUUUAUCUGGCGCUUUCCUGUGGGAACUAGCCUGCAGAAUUAAUUAUUUUCUGAGCUCCAAAUCAAGAGUGGUUUUUAAAAAACACGUGCUUUGUCGCAUUGCAAAGCAGUGUUUCGUAAGCGGUUUUCCCAUAAUGCAAAGCCCGAGGAAUUUUAUUGCUCGCUUUAGAGACUCGUUGCUCAUUGGAAGCAAACAUAUUCAGCAUAUUUGGGGUCAAUUUAUUCUUAGAUUUAAAUAUAAUUUAUUUCAACGAGUCAUAGUCUUCGAGGGAUUUUUGCACUGUCGCAAUCAUGUCCAUUGCUCCCAUAGUCAUUGAACGCAUUCUCAGAACUAACUAUAGCUGUUCGCCUUAAAGAAUUCUCUGAUUUGUAGCAACGGUAAUUUACACCCGACAGAAUAUGACGCACUUUAAGAGUUCCAGCCGCACUUAGGGAUGUUUACGUUGUGCUUUGUGCUAUUAAAUGCCGGAUUACUCCACGACAUCUAAAUAGUUUUCGCCUUCUUUCACAGGCCGGGUCACCCCGCACACCAAGAAGUCCCAAGGCACAGAGAAUGGAGGAUUCUCCUUCGAGGGACAUCUUUGGAAAGCCGCCAGUAGCCCCAGUGAAUACUGAGCCUACACUGAAUUCAAGCCCUACACAUGCGCCGUUGAGUGGAGUCGAUGGUGACAUUAAACAAGCAUUUGGUGACCAUUCUGCUGGUAGAAAUUUGAGAGAUGACUUGCUUAUGGCUGCUGAUAAUGUCACAAGUGCUAUGUCUUCACUCGUAAAGGAGCUUAACUCAGGUAAAUAUGUCCACGCGAGUCUUUUAAUUUUAAGUAAACGCUAUUUCUUAUGCAUGGAGGCAGCGUGACCAGGCAGUUAGAGCACUAGACUUGCACUCGGGAAGUCCCGAGUUUUUUCUAUCCCUCCCUAACCGCUGGCUGAAUUUUUUUCAUGGCGGUCUAGAGUUGAAAUCCUCGGCCACUCCUGAAAUUAGCAACUGGUUCGUCUCUCACCAGUUGGGAUUCUUAAUCAUUGUUUCAGUCACUGAUUUGGUCGGCCCCACUUACGUUACACAUUGCCGAGAGUAAAUAAUCUAUUGUAUCCGUUUUCAAAUUAAACCUGACUCGUAUGGACACAACCUUGGAGCUCUUAAGAACUCGUUAACGAUACCUAUUUAUACGUUCUAACAUCAAAUGGGAAGAAGUCUGUUAUCGGAAUUCCUCCUCUCUUGAUCGAUAACAUAGUAUGAACCAUUCAUUUAUUUAUUCAUUUAUUUAUCUAUUGAUUUUUUUUGUCUUCAACAGAAGAUGAAGACGAUGGUGUAAAUGACCGCAGUUAUCUUUCAAAUGGUAAAACAAAUGACACAGAUUUGGAUGCGCUGGAACAACAAGUUAACCAGAUUCGCCAGUCGCUAGAAUCUCAAGAGGAGAGAGCUAAGACAGGUCUGUCAAACGGCGACGUCACAAUGACAGGACCUUCAGAAAAGGUCAUCAGCCACGGUCCGAGUAGAAACGGAAAAAACCCGAAGGGCCGUCGGGCAGGUUCAGAUACGGAUACUGACGACGAUGACACUCUCAAGCGCCGAGGAGACAAUAAGAGCUCUUCACGCACACAGAUGACCGACGACGAGAGCUACAUCCAAACAGACGAUGACGAAGGCACACUCCGAACAGACGACGAAGAUAUGGAAUGGCAAGAGGCAAUCAAGCGAUGGGUCAAUCGUUAG